AUGUAUAGGAUUGUUCAAGAAGGAGUAAAAGUUGCAAAUGAUGCCUUGUCUCAGAUUAGAGAGAGUGUUCAAUAUAUAAAAGGCUCAGAAUCAAGAAUGAUCAAAUUUAAGGAGUGCAUUGAACAAGUUGGUGGUGCGAAAACUGUAACUGCAUUGAUAGCAGAUGUACCCACUAGAUGGAAUUCCACUUAUGAAAUGCUUAAUCGUGCUCUCAAAUUCAGGCGUGAGUUGGAAAUUCUCCAAUUGAGUGAUAGAAAUUACAAGUAUUAUCCUUUAGAAGAAGAGUGGAAUAGGUUGGAAAUUCUUUGUCGGUUCUUACAACCAUUUUGUGAUAUCACUAAUUUGAUGUCUGGCACUUCUUAUCUUACUUCUAACUUGUACUUUCUACAAGUUUGGAAAAUUCAGCGUGUUCUCAUUCAUAUGAGUAAUGAUGAAGAUGUGGUUGUAAGCAACAUGGCUAAUAAGAUGAUGGAUAAGUUUCAAAAAUAUUGGGAAGAGUAUAGUGAUGUGCUUUCAGUAAGAGCUGUUCUUGAUCCUCGGAUUAAGUUUACUACAUUAUCUUUUUGUCAUAAAAAGAUUGAUGCUUACACACAUGAUGACAAGAUGGAAAAUAUAAAGUCAAGAUAA